AAAUUGUCAAAAGUGUCAUUUUUGUGAUGUGAUCGGGUUGGAAGCGAGGUUUUACAACUCUCGUAGUCUUCAAAUAAUUAUAAUUGCAAUGCGGUAGCAUCGGCUAAUUAAUAAAUAAUUCAUCAACAUCUCGGUACUAUGCCUUAAAUUUCUUAUGUUAUAGUAGUAAAAUAUCUUGUGGGAAUGCCGAACAUGUACAGUGUCACCGUCGACAAUGAUAUCCCCGACCAGGAAUGCAGACCGUUUGUUGAAUUCGCAGACGAUUAUGAAGUUAUCGGUGAAGCACACUGGCAAGUUCUGGAGACGGGUGCUGAAGAUCUCAUCAUCAAGAUCUAUGGGUACCAAUAUUCAAAAUGGCGCACCAUAUUGUUCCACAUCUUUUGCAUAGCACUAUGUGGACUACCGUACUUUGUUUUGGCCUCCUACCCCACUUACAAUACCCUGAAAUUCAUAAAAUGCAGUUUGAAAACGGCUGACGUCAUAUGUGUAACGGAUAAUGAAGGAACUUUCAAGCUGGAAAAAAUCCUAGAAAUCGACCUGAACCUUUCGAACCACAGAGACAACAAAGUCCGUUACUUCGAGUACCAACACAACCGCUACAUCUGGCUCAAAGACCAAGGAAUUUACGCCAAUGUCCAGUCACUCAAUGAAAAACUCACUCUCAGCUUACUCAUGGAGAAUAUGGCAGGAAUCAACAAGCGGCAGCAAAAUGAACUCAUAAAACUCUACGGCCCGAACUCAGUGGAGGUAGAAGUGAAGAGUUACUGGAAGCUGUUUGUGGACGAAGUGUUCAACCCAUUCUACCUGUUCCAAGUGUUCUCUAUCAUCCUCUGGUCACUAGACGAGUACUAUCAGUAUGCCACCUGUGUCUUCAUACUGUCUGCCGGGUCUUGCAUGGCGUCUUUGUAUCAGACUAAGAAGAUGAGCAUCCGCCUCCACGACAUGGCCGGCUCCACCGUCAAGCACACGGUCAGCGUCCUACGACCCUCCCGAGGAGGCAAGGAGGAGUGUGUAGUCGCAGCGAACAGACUAGUGCCCGGUGACGUGUUGAUACUGCCGCCCGCCGGCUGCGUCAUGCCGUGCGACGCGAUGUUACUCACCGGCACUUGUAUUGUCAAUGAGAGCAUGCUCACUGGUGAGAGCGUCCCAGUAAUGAAGGGACCACCGAACGCAUCCGCAGAAGUUUACUCCACUGAGAACCACAAGCGACACACCCUGUUCGCCGGGACACACGUCAUACAGACCAGAUUCUACGGGAAUAACCAGGUGCUAGCAAAAGUGGUGCGAACGGGUUUCUACACAGCUAAGGGCGAGCUCAUCAGGAGCAUUUUGUUCCCGAAGCCAUUCGGGUUCCAGUUCUACAAGGAUGCCGUCAAAUUCGUCAUAUUCCUGUUCUGCAUCGCCGCUAUCGGCAUGGCAUACUCCAUCUGGCUUUACGUGGAGAGAGGUAGUGUCUGGAGCACGAUUCUGCUUCGAACCCUGGACAUCAUCACCAUAGUCGUACCACCGGCGUUGCCCGCCGCCAUGACAGCCGGCACUGUCAACAGCCAACAGCGACUGCGCAAGAAUAAGAUCUACUGCUUGUCCCCACCAAGGAUCAAUGUGUGCGGGAAACUGCAAGUCAUCUGUUUUGACAAGACAGGUACUUUAACCGAAGACGGGCUGGACCUCUACGCAGUGGUCCCGCAUCAGAUGGAAGCAGGCGAAGCAUUCGGUCGAACUGUUGUCGACGUGACGGCCCUGCCGCUCACCUGCCCGCUGAUCCAGGCGCUGGCGUCCUGCCACUCGCUGACCAGUAUCGAGGGGAAGCUGACUGGCGACCCGCUGGACUUGAAGAUGUUUGAGUUCACUAAGUGGGUGCUAGAAGAGCCGGGUCCCGAGAACACCCGCUACGACAACCUGGCGCCGGCCGUGGUGAAGCCCGCGUCCACCAACGAGUCUGCUCUACAGGACUUUGAGGACCUGGACAAUAUGGAGAUACCUUAUGAGAUCGGUCUGCUCCGCCGGUUCCACUUCUCGUCCUCUCAGCAGUCGAUGGGCGUCAUCACGCGCGUGCUGGGGCAGGCGCAGAUGGUGUACUUCGUUAAAGGGGCUCCGGAAAAGGUUGCAGGUAUGUGCAAGCCCGAGACACUGCCAGGGAAUUUCAACGUGGUCCUCAACGACUACACAUCCAACGGCUUUCGAGUCAUCGGCUUCGCUUGCAAGAAACUCGACAGGAAGAUGAAAUGGGUCGACGCUCAAAGGAUUAAGAGAGAACAACUGGAGUGCGAUAUGGUGUUCUUAGGCCUUCUAGUCAUGCAAAACAGCCUAAAGCCAGAGACUAUCGAAGUUAUUAGAGACUUGCACGACGCUAACAUGAGACAGGUUAUGGUUACUGGUGACAACAUAAUGACGGCGAUGUCAGUGGGGCGCGUGUGCGGCAUGGUGCAGCCGCACCAGAAGAUGGUGCUCAUCUCAUUGGCUCAGCACCAGCAUACCGACCCGCGCCCGCCACUGUGUGUCGAGGUGAUAGGCGAGAGCGGGUCGCCCAAGCUGCCGGGCGACGCGUACUGCCUCGCGGUGGAGGGCAAGACGUGGGCCGUGCUCAAGCACCACUACCCGGAACUCAUGCCCACCGUGCUCAGCAAAGGCACAAUAUUCGGUCGCUUCGGUCCCGACCAGAAGACCCAGUUGAUCACGGCGUUGCAGGCGACCGGGCUCAUAGUGGGCAUGUGCGGCGACGGCGCCAACGAUUGUGGGGCGCUGAAGGCCGCUCAUAUCGGGAUAUCGCUGUCGGAAGCUGAUGCGUCUGUGGCAGCCCCGUUCACGUCGCACGAACAGAACAUCCGUUGCGUGAAGCUGUUAGCGCUAGAAGGACGGUGCGCUCUCAGCACCUCAUUCGCCAUCUUCAAGUACAUGGCGCUGUACUCGCUCAUACAGUUCGUGUCUAUACUCAUACUUUACAAUCACUACUCAAUCCUCGGCAACAACCAGUUCCUGUACAUCGACCUGGUCCUCACGACCCUCCUCGCUUUAUCCCUCGGGCGCGCGCGGCCCGGGCCCGUGCUGACGCGCACGUGGCCGCCCGUGUCGCUGGUGGCGCCCUCCACCACCGUGCCGCUCACGCUGCAGGUGGCGCUGCUGGCGCUGCUGCAGGCCGCGCCCACCGCGCUGCUGCCCAGUAGACAGAGGUUCACGCCCGAAGGCGACCCGGACGCGGAGCAGGUUCUCUGCUGGGAGAACACGGUGGUGUUCCUCGUGAGCUCGUUCCAGUACCUGGUGCUGGCCUGCGUGUACGGCAAGGGACAGCCGCACAGGCAGCCCUUCUGUACCAACUACUACAUGGUAGGCGUGCUCCUAUCCCAAGCGGCCUUCAUAGUCCUCCUUCUCCUGUGUCCGUGGCAGUGGCUGGCAGACUUCAUGGAGGUGCAGCCGCUGGAGCCGCGCGACCGCGAGAUGACCAUGUUCCGCGUGUACCUGCUGCUCAUACCCGCGCUUCACCUCGUGCUGGCUAUUGGGAUUGAGGCGAUGUUCUCUGACAUGGCGAAGUUCCGCCCCCUACUCGACUUCGCCCGGCGCAGCUGCUCCGAGAAGCGAGCCGAGGAGCCGCCCGCGCCCGCCGCUUGGCCGCCCGCCCUGCGUCCCGGCGCUCACAUUUGCUGACACCCCUACACCCUGGUGGGGAAACUCCAUGCAAUGCCAUCUAGCGGCCACAGGGGGAAACUCUAUGCAAUGCCAUCUACCGGUGACAAAGGGAAACUCCUUACACUGCCAUCUACCGGCAGUUUUAACAUAUCCGUGCACGUUAUUUGCAAAUGGAUCGCGCGUGUAUCGGUUUGACAAAAAAACUGCCGUGUAAGUUUUUGUGCCUGCCGAUUCGUAUUGCCAUGUCUGACCCGGUGACAGAUGCUUUUUUGACUAAAGUCAAAGAAAGCGUAAUUCUCCGCCUCAGACAAGAUUGUGGUAUUCGGUGGCACGAUACGUUUUUGUGUGUAUGAGACAGAGCCAAUGUAGUGUCAAAAGGUCGAGAUUUGUAGCCUAGUGAAGACUUUUUGAGGUAGUGAUUGAGUGAGUUUAUGUGUUGGUUUUAGUUAUUAUAAUAUGAAAAUGUUACUUACAACGGUAAAACCUUGCUACUGUCGUUUCAGACAGUAUGAAUUUAUGUACUUAUGGACCGAAUUUUAAAGCCAAAGACAAUCUUGUUGUCAACAUUUGGUUCAAGUUUAUUGUAAUGGGUGACCGUCAUACUGGCGUUUACUGGCUUUAAAAAGGCCGUUUACACACCAUAUUAUUUUUAAUUAGUGCGAGAAACAUUGUUAUAUCACCAUACAUGAGACAUUUCUUCAUAGAAGGUACUCAUGUUUCACCUAUAGUUCGUUAUAGCGCAAGUCAAAGUUCGCCGGUUGCACUAACGUUGUGUAAGUUUGAGGCUCCAUUAUUUAUACUUUUAGAGGUUACGUUUGGAACGCAAUAAGUCAAAGCCAGUGUAGGCUCUGCAGUUUAGUUCUGUGCAACUGGCGUUGUUCAUUUAUGAACUUUUAGGACUUAAAAAUUGAAGUUAAAAGUUAAAUACAUAGAUUGAAAAUAAUAUAAUGAAAUUGGUGUCGUUGCGUCAUAAUGUUCUGCCGCGUGACGACUCUGUGAUAUAUUUACGUAGACCACGUCUGCUAACGUUCGCGCGCGGAAACCAACGAUAACAAGUAUUUCUCUGGGUGGACUAGUACGGGCAGCUUCCUAAGGAGCUAUACAGUUUUGUACCUUGUCAAACUAAAGAGUCGGUGCGCGGUGUCUGAAUGAAUGGAUAGACAGAUUGUGAGUUUGACAAGGGACAAAAAUGUACCUGCUUAUGAAGAUGACUGUACCAUUGUGAAAGUAUCGUUUAAGCUAAUAUUCAUAACGAUUGGCUGAUUCUUUAUGAAUACAGCAUGUACGUACGAUAUUUUCUACGCAUAUUAUAACAAUAUUGUCCGCCUCUUCCAAUUAUAUAAUUUAUAAAUGUUUUUAUACAUUUUGUAAGGCCGCACAAUGUUCUUAAACGUUAUACUAAAACCAAAUUUGGUUGUAUUUAUGGCAUCAUGUAAUUUAUUUUUAUUAGACAAUCAUUCUUUUAUUUGAACGUAUAGUAAUUAGGGUUUGUAAGUGAUUUAUCCUAUUUAGGUAAUAAAAUAGAUGUAAAUAGAACAAUGAAGUUUGAUUAAGUUUUUAACCUGUUAGUACGUAUGUAAAUUGGUCUAUACAACAUCGUACGUAGGUGCAAUCAAGUUCAAUUCGAAUACCUAAAGUUAUUUUUUCAAACGUAUCUCUAUUCAUUAUACUUCUUUUAGCACUUGAGAUUUAUAGAUCGGAAUUGCGAUGAUAACAGCAAAUCACUUUUGCCUUAAUCCAUAGACUAUGUGCACGCUUUCCUAAGUAUGUGGAUAAUUUGCUUUAUUGUUAAAUAUUUAUAAUUUCCCUGUGAUUUUCACACAAUUUUUGUUACCCAAAUUAGUAUGUGCAUGAAAUGUUCCUAGAUAUUAGCGGUACAGUGCCGCAGCUUAAAUGAAAUUCGAUUACUUUUCUAAAUAAAUAAAUAUUAUUGCUUUUAUAUUCAUUACUUUUAUGAAAAAAGGCAUAUAACUAACGUGUUAUCACGAUAACCAUAAGUUUAGAAAAUCCUUAUGCAGUGUGUGUAUCCAUAAUUAAACCUUAUGAAUCGGAUAAAGGAUGAAUUAACAGUAAUGUGCUUUAUAAAACAUAACUACGAUCCAAAUGCGAUGUUAGAUUUCGAUGAAUCACUGGUAAAGAUAUUGGUUUUUGCUAAUUUCAGCUCGAACUUUAACUACAAAAAUGAACCUCAUUGUCUAACAUUAAAACCUUACUUACCGAAAAACUUAACUAUAAUUUCACAUCUAUGUAAAAUCUGUAAAGAGAACUCAAUAUUUGUACUUAUAUCUUAUAUCAGCCACACUGUUUAUAUGUAUUAAAUUAAAUAAAUAGUUGAGUAGUCCGGUAGUCUAACUUAAGUCCUCAUAAAUUAAAUAUUUAUGCGAAUGCUUCGGAAACUCGUAAUUUAUAAAAUUAUUAUUCUCUUUCCGAUUACAAUUCCAUUUUUUGCAAUCCAUUGAUAUAUAAAAUUGUCUGUUGUACUUUAAACUUACCUACUCAUUUAUUUUCGUACAAAAAAUAUGUGAAGGCUAGAAUACAGUAAAUGUAUAAAUAUGGCAAUGAUUCAUGAAAUGCAAUGUGCCAAGACGAUAUACAAUACGAUGUUACAUGUUUCCAACAAUAAUUCGAUAUUAAGCUAUAAGUACUUAGUUGUAUGUAUUAAAAAUGGAUAUUAUUCUUACUAAAGAAUAAAAUAUGACUCUAGUGAUUGAUUUAACUUACUAACUGGCAUUUGGAAUUAUAUACGUGCUUAAUAAUAAGUACUUAAUUUAUCUCUGUUUAAAGUGUUCAGUAGUUAAGUAGGUACGUACUUAUUUUCACAAUCGUCAAUCGUAGAUUUAUAUUGUUGUAAAAAGACUAUACUUUCUUAUCUUUUGGUGUUUCAUCAAUUUACCUUUUUGGUGCUGUGAAUUUGUAUACUUUUACCAGAUUUAUGCUAUAGAAACGUACGAUCCUACAAAAAACAUGGAAAACUCUUUUAUUAAUAUAGUUUUGUACCAUGUAAUGUUUGUUGUUUUCGAAUGGCUAGAUCAUUAUCACCGUGUAACAACUCAAUGUACUUAUGGCGACAGAACCUCGUUGAAAAUGUGACCAAACAGUCAAAAUAAACUCUAGAAAUUGAA